AUGGCGCGCUUUGUUUCAGAGAGUGAUGAAGAAUAUGGCUACGACUUAACAGCGUCAGAUGAGGAAAGACUGAUCGUUAUUGUGAACCGCCUUUCCUCACUUUCGCCACGAACGCAGUCCCGCUCGGCCCCAUCGCUACGACACGAUACUACUACUCCAACUUCCAGUCGGGCUUCUGGAUCCUUAAACCAAUAUGCUCCAAGUCUAGACUCUAAGACUGCGCAGGCUGUGGAUGAGACUCUUGCAGGGAUCACUGAAAGUGAUCUUGAUUUUGACAUUACCGAGCUCGAUAAAGAUGAUUCGCAAACUCUCAAGGACCCUGAAGCCCCACGCGAGUUCGCGUAUCCUGUUCCUAGGGAUGCAUCAGCUGUCUCCCGGAAGUCUCCUGCGCUGGCUUCAUACGUUAUCAAGGCGAAAACCGAGUCUAUUCCCAGCUUGCUUCCAGGCCCGGACGUUACAUACCCCGAUUUGAGCUGGGCCUUAGCUGAACUUGAAAAUCAUUCCGAGUCUUCUGUGCAGGCCGCGGAGCCCCAGCCAGCGCCAGAAGAUCGGCGUUCUACUGACGAUCCCAAGGAAAAGUCACUACUUCUCCGCUUUCGCACCUUCCCCAAAAAACCACUCUCCGUUUCCGAUCUGGUAGCCGGCUCAUGGUGUGAACUCCAGUAUUACUACACCUUGACCAGGCUUCCAGGUGGGAAGAGAACCAGGACGAUUGCUAUGAAGAGGGGCUCCGCGGUUCAUAAAAUGCUGGAGGAAGAGCUUUGGACCCCUGUUCAUAUAGAAGUGACCAAGAAAGAAGACGUCUUUGGACUCAAAAUCUGGAAUAUUAUCCAAGGGCUACGUGUCCUGCGCGAACAAGGCAUUACUCGCGAAUUCGAGGUCUGGGGAAUAGUGGACGGGAACGUCGUCAAUGGCGUCAUUGAUGGGUUGAGCUACGACAAUCCGGAUCCCGAACUCGAGCAAGACGUUCUCAGCAGCCGCGAGGGAAGUCAGACAGUGACGGAUCCGGACUCUCAGACGGUUUAUAGAGACCAAUCUACACUCGGAUCUAACACUAACCAUCAAAUCUUCAUUACGGAUGUCAAGACAAGAACCACCGCUACCCGGCCACCGAAGGCACAAGUGCGAGGGGCUAUUAUUCAGCUCUUCCUGUACCAUCGGUUUCUUUCGGAGAUGGCAGCUCAGAAACUUGACUACUCUUAUGUCUUCUCCCGGUACGGUCUGAACCCUGACGAGCCUUUUUCUGAUAGUUUUAUGGCCCAAAUCGGCAAACUCUACGAAGAAAUCUUUCAGAGCAGCCAAGAGUCAUUCCCAAACACUAUAUCGAAAACUUCGCGCGGCUCAAACGGUAUCCUUCACCCGGUGGAAGGGCUAGGAAAUAGGGUCCCUUCAAAACUCUUGAAUCUCUCCCAGCUCAGUCUCAACAGUGAUGAGACUGGAUCGGAACCGGAACCAUCUGAUCCCCAGUCCGGCGUCUUUAAGUACAACACUCUCCGCAGUCUUGUCUCCAUUCUGCAAUCAGAGAUCGCGUUGACCUUCCCAAACGGUGCCAACGACCUCGGUAAGAUCGUGGCAGUUGAGUACCGCUACCGGAGACGGCAUCGCCUCGAGCCGGAGCCAGAUGUGGAGGUCGAGAAGGAGGGUGCUGAUGGUGCAGAACCCACUGGAGAGGUACCGCUAUCGCGGGCCAAGCGGAGAAGACCUCCCAGCCCUAAGAGGGAAGAUGGUGAAGUGAUUUGCACAAAUACGUUCUUCGUCGAGCCCGAAAAGCUAGACAUGUACUUGCAGGACACGAUGCGGUGGUGGCGUGGUGAGCGCGACCCGCGAGGUGUGCCGGUACAAGAGGCAUUCAAGUGCCGGACGUGCGAGUUUGCUGACGUAUGUGGAUGGCGCAAGGCCCUCGAGGAGGAGACUUUAGAAAGGUUGGGCUCGAAGCAUCGGGCCGGUGAGGAUGAAGAUAAGGAGACAAGGAGACGGAGAAAAGACAUAAGUCAUGAUUGGUGA